AUGUCAAGAGGUAUAACGGCCCAUUCUAGAUUUCACAUCCCCAUAAAUUUAGAUGAGGGUUCUAUGUGUCAUAUAAGGCCUGAUGGUGAUGUAGCUUAUUUGCUUAAGCAAAGUAGGUUGAUUAUAUGGGAUGAAGCACCCAUGGUACACAGACAUGCGUUCGAAGCUUUAGACAGAACAUUUAAGGAUGUUUUGGUCGAUAAAAUUAAUCGUUAUUCGGAUGUUUUGUUUAGAGGUAAAGUAAUCGUGUUUGGUGGUGAUUUUAGACAAAUUCUUCCGGUUAUUCCAAACGGAAGUAGGCAAGAAAUUGUUAACGCUUCGUUGAGUUCAUUCUAUAUAUGGUCCCACUAUAAAUUACUUACUUUGACCAAAAACAUGAGAUUGACUAUCGGUGCUUUACCAUCUAGAUUGGAGGAGACUAAGAAGUUUUCCAAAUGGCUUCUUGAUAUUGGUGAGGGUAAAGUUGGAAGGGAUAAUGAUGAUGUAGCAACUGUAGAAAUACCUUCUGAUCUUUUAAUCAUAGAUUCUUUGGAUCCCAUUGAAAGUUUGAUUCAAUUUGUAUAUCAAUCGGUUCUAGAAAGAUAUAAGGAUUGA